GUGUGAUAGCCAGCCUACCUCUCUCUCAUUGUCAUUCACUCCGCGUUCACGUGCUCUCGUGAACGCGCUUCAUUAGCAUACGUCUUCUGCAUCAGGACGCGGGUCGGAUUCUCAGUUUUGUUGACAGAAACACUGGUCCUGAAGGAGAGGAUGCUCCUCGUACUCCCUCCUUGUAUCUGUUAUCGGACUGUGAUUUUGAGGAUGCUGCCUCGCUGACGGUCUGUUUUCAUUCAUGGAUGACACAUGGAUGAUGCUCCGGGAUCAUCUUCAUCAUCUUCUUCUUGUUGUUGAUCCAGUAGGUCUUCAGGAUCUCCUUCUUGUUGAUCCAGUAUGUCUCCAGGAUCUUCUUCUUGUUGAUCCAGCAUGUCUCCAGCGGCUCCGGUUACCGAGAGCAGUGCCGCUGAAGUGCACCGCGAGCAGACGGACGCGCCGCGGGAACCGCAGCGGCCCCUGAAGCAGUCCCUGAGCAAGUCCCUGUGUCGCGAGUCGCACUGGAAAUGUCUGCUUCUGUCUCUGCUAAUGUACUGCUGUGUGAUCGCAAUGACCUGGUGCCAAGUCACGAAAGUCACGCGUCUCAGCUUCGACAGCACAUUCAAGGUAAAGUCCAUGAUAUACCACGACAGCCCCUGCUCCAACGGCUACAUCUACAUCCCAGUGGCCUUUCUCGUCAUGCUCUACGUGGUUUACCUCGUCGAAUGUUGGCAGUGCUACUCACGCAACGAACUUCAAUUUAAAGUGGACCUGGAGAGCGUCACCGAACGUGUGCAGCGCAUGCAACAAGCUACGCCAUGCAUCUGGUGGAAGGCUAUAAGUUAUCAUUACAUACGACGGACGAGACAAGUAACGCGCUACCGAAAUGGAGAUGCGUACACAAGCACGCAGGUUUACCAUGAACGCGUAAACACGCACGUCGCUGAAGCGGAGUUCGAUUACGGUAACUGCGGUGUGAAGGAUAUUUCGAAACACCUCGCAGGUUUGGAUGGCUUCCCAGUGACCAAGCUACGCUUCACAAAGUGCUUUAGCUUCGCCAACGUCGAAUCCGAGAACUCCUACCUAACGCAGCGAGCUCGCUUUUUCACUGAGAACGAAGGAUUGGACGAUUACAUGGAGGCGCGUGAAGGAAUGCAUCUUAAAAAUGUGGAAUUUAAGGAGUACAUGGUUGCGUUUGCUGACCCGAAUCGUCUUCCUUGGUAUGCAUCAACAUGUAGCUUUUGGUUGGCGGCGGCGUUUACGUUAUCGUGGCCGUUGAGGGUGUUGACGGAGUAUCGUACGGCGUAUCUUCAUUAUCACGUGGAGAAGCUUUUUGGGUUUGAUUAUGUCUCAGUUACGCCGCUGGAUCAAGAGCGGCCAUUUUGUCGACACAUCCCGCGUGUGAACACAAUCGAUAGCACAGAGCUCGAGUGGCAUAUUCGCUCAAACCAACAGCUAGUUCCUAGUUACUCUGAAGCAGUGCUAAUGAAUUUAACGCAACAGUCAAGUUGCAACACAUUCUCGGCUCGUGGGAUUGGUGCAGCGGGCGGAAAUGGUUUUGGUGGAUACCGACAAAACUGCGAGCGAUGUCAUCGCUCCAUCAGCAGCUCGUCGAUAUUCUCGCGCAGCGCGUUGAGCAUCUGCAAUAGUAGCAAUCCACGAUUAGCAUUUAGCAGCAGCCGGUUUUCCCUAGGCCGCUUGUAUGGCUCGCGGCGCAGCUGUCUGUGGCAAAGUCGCAGUAGUAGCCUAAAUGAUCCUGGAUGUCCAACGGAAAGCACAAGAUGUCUAGCCAAUGAGGAGAGCCCGCCUUCUCCACCAGCCUAUCAGGACGCGCUGUAUUUCCCAGUGCUGAUUAUACAUCGAAACGAGGGCUGCAUUGCUCAUGAUCACCAUUCACUGCAUCGCAACGGGUCCUGUGUGGAGACUUCGUUAUAGCAUUCGCAAAAGAGAACAUAAUACAAACUUGGGCCCAAUCCCAAUUCUAUUUUUUAUCCUUUUUUUGGCCCUUGAAACAGAGUAGGAAGGGCUUCAAAUUUACCCCUAAGGAAUGGGACAGCACUACAACAGCUGCACACGUCAUCAUACUUCAUAUAAGAUCGAUGACGGCGACUGCUGUAGUUAUUCCAGUUGUGUAAUUUUUUGGUAUUUAUCUUCAGGAAAUCACUGGAGUUAGCGAUAUCAGGUUAUCGUAACGAUAUAAUGUGGCAAUAAGAUGGUAACUGUACUGUGCAUUUACACUGUGGCCAUAUUCAUCAAUGUAAACACACCAAAACAACAUUAACCAUUCACUAGGCUUGAUUUGAUUGACACUAGGCUAUCAUUGCCAGUCACUAGACCUUGAGUGUCAUCGAGUGACACAUGUGAAGGUAUGUUGUGGGACUGCUAUACAGGGGUUAUUAUUAGGGAUUAUGAAUAGCCAAAUUUAGUGUUUUGUUCUUUUAUAUGGUUUUUUGAAAAAGCAUGAACGUAAAACGCGAACACCAUUAUAAAUGUAUUAAAACUAUAGGUGGGCAUAGAUUAAUUUUUUAAAUCAAGAUUAAUCUCCCUGUAAUUUUGGAAUUAAUCUAGAUUAAAAUGGCUCAUUUGAAUUCUGCUGAAGGCAUUCAGAAUAUGUGUGCUACCUAAAUAAUGACUAAAAGUAAGUCUUUGAGAACGGGUUUAUCAAACCAGGUGGCGCAUUAGACCAGGGGCUCAUCUCCUGUCUCCAAAAAGCAUCACAAACUGCUUGAGAAGCUGUUCUACUGUGAUAAUUGGUGAUGAAAAUAAAUGAUGUUCAAUAAGA